GAAUUCAAAGGACCAAUCAGAUGUAAAGGAUUACAUUUAAAUCCUUCUUAGAAUUGUACAUUGCUUAAAUACUCACAAUGAGAAGCUCAGGAUGUAGAAAGUGAGGCAGAAAACAGUUUCUAGAUUCAAGAGGAAAUGCAUUUAGUCCUUUUCAGCCAAUCAGGAUGAUUUCUAUCUGAUGACCGUGUGACCAAACCUUUAAGGAGGAAGAAUUCAGUUGCAGUGCAAGAGAAGAGGGGGCUUCACCACCAUGAUGGGAGGACUCGCUCUUCUGCUUCUUUUAGGAACACUGUACCCGAUUGAAGCUGCAGAGGUUCAACAGGUCUCUUUGACGGAGGCUGAACUUGGUGGAAAUGUUACGUUUCAGUGUCCAGUUUCUGAGGAGGAAAAAUAUAUAUUCUACUGGUACAAGCAGCCUCUUGGAUGUACGAUCCAAACUGUUGCUACAAGAAUUUAUUCUCAACCAACACUUAGUCCACAAUUUAACAACUCACGAUUCAGAGUCACAGCAGGAGAGACUCAUUCUUUGACCAUCAUGAAUAUCAGCAAAGAGGACGAAGCGACAUACUUCUGUUUCUAUGGAUCACCAUUUUCACAUAGUUUUGGUGAUGGCGUCUUCUUGGCUGUGAAAGAUGGAAGUCUGCAGAAAUCCUUCCACGUGGAACAAAGUCCGGAGGCUGAGUCCGUCCUGCCGGGCGACUCGGUGACCCUCCAGUGUUCUCUUGUCUCCAGGGACAAAGAGGACGGGGUCCAGUGUCCACACGGACACAGGGUGUUCUGGUUCAGAUCAGGAGGAUCCCAUCCAGGUUUCAUGUACACUCAGGAUACACAACCGGGGAACACAAGUUGUGUCUAUCGUCUGUCCAAAAGGAUCCAGAACUCCUCUGAUGCUGGGACUUACCGCUGUGCCGUGGCCUCAUGCGGACAGAUCCUGUUUGGUGGAGGAACCAAAGUGGACACAAGUUCAAACCUGAAAGUGGUUGUCACAGUUCUUGGCGUCCUGUUGGCGUGCUGUGUGACUGUGAUUAUCCUCCUUAUUUUCUACGUGAAUCGAAGGAGAGCUGAAGCAGAAGCAACAAGCGGCGCCUGUAAUCCUGCUCAAUCCCAGCGGACAGCGGAUCAAUCAGCUGACCAGGGCGGAGACGGAGAAGUAAGUAAUUAUGCGGCACUGAAUCUUUCCACAAGACGUGAAGUGAAAAGAGUGAAGAAAAGAGCUUCUUCACAGGAGUGUGUGUACUCCGCUGUGCGAGUGAACACACAACUCCACCUGUAGAGCAGCGAGGCUUCUCAAUGGACGGACUUUGUUCAGCUUUGAAUGUUCAAAACAAAUGAGGGGAAGUUCAUAUUGUCAUUUGAAAUGAAAUGCUUCCUGUUGGUCGAGUUCUUCUUGUGAGACACGUGAGCACGCUGGAAUGUGACUGGUUGUCGAGGCGGAAGGAAAAGACAUCAGUGCCUGAGGAAGAAGUAUGCCAGUUUUCAUUUGCAUGGAAGAUGUCAGAGAAAAGCCUUAUUUCUUCCUCAAGCAGUUACUUUCUAAAUCGCUGCUUUUAUUGUCUUCUUAGUGGAUUAACAGUGUUAUUUUAUUUUAAUCAGUUCUCUGUUCUUUAAUUCUACUGUUUCAGAUCUACAUUGUUUUUUUUAAAUGUUUCAUCUGCUUUUUCAAACGUUCCAAGGAAAUAAAGGGAAUAAAUACAUUC